GAAAAAAAACCAAACGCUCAAAUCAAAUUUCAUUUCUCUGUCCGGUUCUCCCGUUGAAACAAUCCCAAACGUUAAACAUGUCGUUCGACGGGAACGUCAACUGCGGCGGUAACACCGUCGGCGUAACCAGUAAGCCUUUCUUUUGCUACCAAUGCAAUCGUACCGUCAACGUAACAAUCUCCCCUUCCUCUGACCCUUCUUGUCCCAUAUGCAACGAGGGGUUCCUCGAAGAAUACGAAAACCCUAACCCUAAUCAAGGCUCCGCCUUCCAGAGCCCGAAUCCAAACCUGAAUCCAUUCUCCGAGCCCUAUUUAUCGUUAUCGGAUCCAUUCUCUUCCCUCCUCCCGCUCCUUUUCCCUUCCUCGUCUUCUUCCACAACGACAUCUUCAUCGUCCCCUGCUUCUAUUGACGUUCAUAACCCUAGCCUAUUCGGGUCUACCCGGUCAGCCCGAGGCGACCCUUUCGCUUUCGAUCCAUUUGCCUUUAUCCAAAAUCAUCUAAACGAUCUCCGUUCAAGCGGCGCCCACAUCGAGUUCGUGAUCCAGAACAAUCCAUCCGAGCCGGGCUUUCGGCUUCCGGCUAACAUCGGGGAUUAUUUCAUCGGACCAGGCCUCGAGCAACUGAUCCAACAGCUGGCCGAAAACGACCCUAACCGGUACGGGACCCCACCGGCAUCGAAAUCAGCCAUUGACUCGCUACCUUCGGUGAAGAUAACGAAGAAUCACUUGAAUUCGGAGUUCAACCAGUGCGCAGUUUGCAUGGACGAGUUCGAGGAAGGGACUCAAGCGAAGCAGAUGCCCUGUAAGCAUCUUUAUCAUAAAGAUUGCAUAUUGCCGUGGCUGGAAUUGCAUAAUUCAUGCCCGGUGUGUCGUCACGAGUUGCCUACGGAUGAUCCUGAUUAUGAGAGGAGGGUUCGUGGGGCGCAGGGGACCGGUGGAGGUAAUGAUGGUGAGGGUAGUGGUGGAGGUGAUAGUGGGCAGCGGUCUGCAGGGGAUAAUAGGACGGUCGAGAGGAGUUUUAGGAUAUCGCUGCCUUGGCCAUUUCGGGCUCGUGGGUCAGGUUCAGGAUCAGGUGAUAAUGCGGAGACCCGGCAAGAAGAUUUGGAUUGAGAAAUGGUAGAGGUGGUGGGAACUAAUAAUAUGUAAUUGUUGAAUACCAAGGUGGAGCUUGCACCUAUAGUUGAUAAUAGAUCUUCGAGCUUAAUAAAGGUAUAAAUCACAGGGGCAUUGAAUGAUGGGUAGCUGAAGCAAGAUAUGUUUUCAGAAAGAUUAUAGGACCAUGUGAUUUUCUUCUGGAAUUCUGGUAACUGAUUGAGGUGCUCCUACCAACUUAAGACUAGAAGUUAGACUAUCUUUUUAUUUGGGUCAUAAGGUAAAGCAAAACAUGGAAAAGAAGUCUUGAGAGAAAAGGUUGGUGGCAAGAGUCAGGAAUAAAAAUUAGACACUUAAGUUCUGUACAUACUUUUAGUAUGAGAACGAAUGACACUAGCAUCAUAUUCAAUGGAAGAAACUCCAGGCGAGCUUUAACAGUCUUGUAAUGUCCAGGUUGUGUUAUGUGUUAUUUGAUAUUUCUUAGUCUUGUUUUCUGAAGAAAUUUGUGGUCCUAGUUGAUGGGCCUUUAAGCCAUUUGUAUUUUUCUUUGGACUGUUAAUUUUUUUCUUUGGUAAUAUUUGGCUGUAAUGUCAUAGACAUCUUAGUGGCAAACAGCUUUUGAUUUUUCACUUUUAAUGCUGCAUGUUUCUUUUCUUGCAUUA